UGCCGUACAUGAAAAAAAGAAAAAAAAUACACAAUCCAAGAUGGCGCUGCGCACGGUGUGUGCCGUGUCUUUGCGAACUGGAAUAGAAUUAGGGGUCAACAAUGCGAGGACGCUCGCCACAACAGCAUCCCUCUACAGACGUCAGCCUCCUCUGGGUCCAUUGCCGAACGAGGAGAUCGAUUCUGAGAACCUUGAAUCAUUGAAGAAGUAUCGCAGCUACACUCGUUACUUCAAACGAGCUGAGGAAGCAAAGAAAAACCCUGCGUGGUGGAAGACCUACAGGGGCUACGUGGAGGCAACGGAACCUGACCAUGGCCUGGAGCCAGUGGACAUUGGGUUGCCCUACUUUCAACCCUGCAGGACAAAAGACCUUAAGGAGAGGAAGCAGGUGAUGAAGCAAAACAAGGCCAAUGUUGAAUUGGAGAGGGCGGCCCGACAGCGCACUUUUAAGAUUCCUCUGGAUCAAGUUCAGGACACAUGGGAGAAAAGCAGCGGCCCAUUUCAUAUAAAGAGACUGGCAGACCACUACGGAGUCUUCAGGGACCUCUUUCCCAUGGCCUACUUUUUACCUCAAGUCCCACUCCACGUUGGCUAUGGUCAGGACAACAGCUGCCAAGUGUUUUAUGGGAAUCAGCUGACACCUUCUGAAGCAGAACCUGUCCCUCAGAUCAGCUUUGAUGCAGAGGAGGGCUCCUUGUGGACCCUUUUGCUCACCUGUCCAGAUGAGCAUCUUCUGGAUAAUGAGGCUGAAUACAUCCACUGGCUGGUAGGGAACAUACCAGGAGGAGCAGUGCAGGCUGGAGAGGAGCUGUGUCACUACCUGCCCCCCUUCCCUGCCAAAGGAACAGGCUUCCACCGCUACAUUUAUGUCCUCUUCAAGCAGGAGGGACACAUCAACUUCCAGGAGGAGGUCAGACCAUCACCGUGCCAUUCUCUGGUGGAUCGUACAUUUAAGACCGUGGAGUUCUACAGAAAGCACCAGGACAACAUGACACCUGUAGGCUUGGCCUUCUUUCAGAGCCAGUGGGAUGAAUCUGUCACCAACACCUUCCACAACACCCUCAACAUGAGGGAGCCGGUGUUUGAGUUUAUCCGGCCUGAAGUAUACCACCCCCCACAGGUCAAAUACCCUCAUGGACAGCCCCUACGCUACCUGGACAGAUACAGAGAUGGACAGGAGCACACCUAUGGAAUAUAUUGAAUGUGAAACAUGCAUUCAAGAAGCUGCAAAGAACACAUCAUCUUUAAAUGUGAAGUUAUGUUUGCCAUAUUUAUGUUUAAAUAAAUAAAAGAUUUAGUAUUCACGUCAA